AACCCAUUUCUCAUGAAUAACUCUCGCUCGAAAACAACCUAAAGAAUCAAUGUUGUGUGCAUAUCACUUUGAUUUGUGAAUUAAAUUGGCUAAAGUUUCAAUUCUGUUUUCGUUCCUUUUCCUGUUCAUGCUAUAUAGUUUCAUGAAUUUAAUCUGGCAAAUUUAGGGGGAAUUAACUUGAGGCUUCGCUUUUCAUUGAAACAAGCUUUAGCAGGGGACCAAGAAGAGGAGUGUAGGCCUUGGCGCAAGAGAUUUUCAUUUUUCUCCUCCCAUUCAAUAAACAUGGGUUUCAAAUUUAGUUGGGUUUCCUUUUUCAAAAUCAUUCUUCUUUUACUUCUCAUUGCGGGAAUUGCAACCGCUUGCAUCACUCUGCCCGUUGAAAAAAUGCUGAAAGAUUUCUUAUCAUGGAUUGAGCAUGAUCUUGGUCCUUGGGGUCCUCUUGUGCUAGCUGUUGCGUACAUUCCUCUAACAGUAUUGGCAGUUCCAGCUUCAAUACUUACGCUUGGUGGUGGUUACCUCUUUGGCUUGCCGGUGGGUUUUUUUGCUGAUUCGAUUGGUGCUACUGUUGGUGCUGGGGCAGCAUUUCUUCUUGGAAGAACAAUUGGUAGGUCAUUUGUUAUUUCAAAGUUAAGAGACUAUCCGCAGUUCCGAGCAGUUACAGUUGCAAUUCAGAGAUCAGGAUUUAAGAUAGUGUUGCUGCUCCGGCUUGUUCCUUUACUUCCAUUUAACAUGUUGAACUACCUCUUAUCUGUGACUCCAGUCCCAAUAUGGCAAUACAUGCUAGCUACAUGGUUGGGAAUGAUGCCAAUUACUAUUGCAUUGGUAUAUGUUGGGACGACUUUGAAGGAUCUUUCUGAUGUAACGCAUCAAUUCUCCAAAACCCGUUGGGCAUUUAUUGUGUUGGGCCUUGUGGUAUCUGUUGUAUUGAUGAUUUGUGUUACUAGAGUUGCGAAAGUUGCUUUAGACAAAGCUUUGGCUGAAAAUGCAGACUUAGACAGUGAUAUCGCAUCGCCACAAUUACCCAUUGUGGCCGACCCUGAUGUAAAUCUCCACCAACCUCUUAUAAUAAAGAUCGACCAUCCUCAAGAAAGUCACGAAAAGUAGUUCACGUUCUCUGUAAAUUCUUUACUCGUGCUGCUUUUUUAAAGGCUUCAUCUCUCAUAUAUAAUUGUCAUCUGUUUGGUGAUGCUUGAUAUUCAUUUGUAUAGUCAGAUAAAAUCACAAUAGCUAGUCUGGAGAGGAUAGCUUAUUUUUGGUAACUGAUUAUUUUCCAUUUGUACUUUUUGGAUGGUUGUCAAUUUGACAAUAACAAAUGAAUACUUUUAACUGUAAAAUUGAUCUCAA